AGGGGGAAAAUAGGGGAGUGGCAAGCCUGCUACAAGCUCAUUAAAGUGACUUGCCUAGGUAGUAAGUAAUUACUUGAGUGCUCUGGGGAGAGUUCAGAGUGUGAUACAGCCAUCAUUACUGAUAGUAAACUAAAGCUUGAGGGUGUGUUUUGUUCUGGUAAUAAAUUGUAGCGUACUUUCCACAUCAGUGUCUUGCAUUUUUGAGACAUCAACCAAAGCAUUCAAACAAAAUUGUGCAACUUUGCUGGAAUAUAUCGUAGUAUUUAUUUUUGUGAUUUUAAUGAAAAACUGUAUGGAGAAGUGCAAUACAUGGAUGGCUGAAUAACCAGUCCAGUAUCUGUACUGUGAGCAGUGCUGCCCUGUGCUGUGGAUGUGAUCAGGCAUAAAGGUCCUCACAAGCUGCUCUGCAGGAGAUCACCUAACUUCUGGAACAUCCGAUUACGAAUGAGAAAAGGAUUGUUCCUCCUGAAUCUUAAUACCCACUUGUAGUAAUUAUUUUAAAGUAGUGCUCUGUGUGCAAGUCUGUUAGGAGAUUAAGGUAAUAUUUGCUAUCUGUAAGGCUUUACAAACCAGCUAGAAAUAGUUGUCAUUGUUUUUAAAAGUUUAUAUGGUAACAUUACAGAAAUGAACUGAGUUAGAAUGUCAAAUUGAUCAUUAAGACCUGCUCACAUUAAGGUAUUACUGGUGUUGAACUGCUGUUGCAGAACAGUUAGCAGUAUCUUUGUGCCAUGUUUCGUGGUUAGAUGCAGAAGUCAGUGUCAGUCUGCUUCUUCUGCCUUCUCUGCUUACUUCAGUGUGUGGCAUGGUGAUUUCAUUUCAGAGUAGCAUGAUGGGGAGCUCAAAGUGAGGAGUUGUGGAGACUGUGUUUUUGUAUUUAAUUCUCCUGGCUGGAUUUUCCUUUUUCUUUGAUGGUGUCAUCAGGAAACUCUCUGAGGGUACACUUGAUCCCACUGUCUGUGUCAUUGAUAAAGAUGUUGAAGAGCACCAGUCUCAAGACACCUGGACAUAGAUCCAUUGACCACAGCCCUCUGGCUGUGACCUUCCAACCAACUGCUUGUCUAUUAGGUCUCUUGGAUCACCUCCUUGUCUCACACGUGAUUUCCUCUGAAUGUUUUCCUGUUGUGCUGUGUUCUGCUUGAGGUGUAAUUGCUUGUUGUGCUCAAGAUUUUCACCAAUAUGUAUUUAUUUUUUAUUUAGUAAUACCAGUCUGAUUGGGUUCACCUUCUUUUUUGUUUUGGUUUGCUUUUUAUUGGUUUUGUAUAUGUAUGCCCUUUGAUAGGCAGCUGACCAUAGAGGUUUAAUUGUGGAAUCUUUUAAGACUAUUGUGGAAAGCUUUAAUCUUUUAGAAGUGUGUGAUUUUCCUUUGAUUUAGCUCCCAGCUCUUUUUCUGCUUUUUCUCUGCUUUGCAAAUCCUUAGAAUGUUGAAUCAUGUUCCAGAACAACUGCAACACAUCUUGUGAUAGGAGGGGAAAGUACCUUCUGGUGAGACACCAUGGCAUGUAGUACACCAGGUAUAUCCAUUCCCUCCUGACAGCUCUGAGCUGCUGCGCCUUUCUUGGCAGUUUCAUUGCUUAGUGCAAGUGAUACUGCUGCUACUGUCAGUGCCUUUUCCCAUGUAUUUCUGUGGACAAAUUGUCGAUGUUCAGACACGUAUUGCUUGAUCUAUUACAUCUAUUCAUUUGUGAAUGGUGAAAAUGAAGGCCAGUUGGUGCUGAGAGCUUAAUUGAACUUGCAUGAACUCCAGUGCUGAUCAUUUCCAAAGCAUACUCUACUGUUGAUGUUCAUUUCCAGCACUGUGGUUUUUUAGCCAAGGCUCUCUUGCUUGUGCAGCUGAUGAAGACGUUGCAGAGUUGGGGGCUUUUUCUUGAUGCGAGUUUUUAAUUUAAAUAAAUGAUUUAAAUAAUUAAAUUCUAGAUUUGAAAACAGAGCCAGCAGCUUUCAGAAAACUUGUCUUUCACAUGGCGAGUUUAAAAACAAACCAAGCAUUUUACUUAUAUUUAGAUUGAGGUAUCACUUACAGUAAGUGUAUUUUAAAUGCACUCUACAGUUAUAGUUCUUAUGUUUGUCUGCUUGACUCAGUAAACCCAUGCUUUGGGUUCAGUUAACUGCUGUUUUGGUUUUGUUUAGGCUUAUUUUAUUUCUUAAGGCAUGGCAUCGUACAAGUACUACCGAAGCAGUCUGGAAGUAGAAUCUACAUUCCGAAUACUGUCUUAGGAGUGGACUUUACUGAGUGGAAUCAGUUUGUUCUGCUUUCUUUGUUGUGCAUACAUAGCAUGUAUUUAUUAAGGUUUCUGACUAGUAAUAUGUUUUAAGUGUUGGUACAUAUUUACAAAGAUCAUUUUUUAUUUGCAACAGCUGUAGUGCAAUAAGGAAACUGUCCGGAUGUGCUUUAAAAUAGAAUAUUUUAGUGUUCUUUCUUGCACAUUCUACAGAGAAGUCUGUUAGUGCCACAUGUCAUAAGGGCCAGAAAGGGAAUACAGCGUUACUGACGGUUUUGGGUUAUCAGCUGACCAAACGGCUGCUUAUUGGGCUUGCAGCAGUUAUAUUUCCAGUAAAAGAAGUUUGCAGGAGACUAAUUCCCAAGAAGUGUACAUUUCUCUAUUGAGCUACUUAUUCUUAAGCCAACCCUGAGUAAUUUAUGAUAAUCCCAUAGGUAUUUUACAAGUUCAGAACAGCCUAUUGUAUUGAUGACAUUGUGAUAAAGUAACAGGCUGAGAACUGCAAUCAUCUCAAAUUGUUACGGAUUAUAGGAUGUGUAAACAGAGUCAAGGUUUGGGAAUCUGCAGUUUUUGUAGCCAGACUAAAAAUAUGCAAAACACAAAACACUUUCCUUCCUCGCCAGCUUCCCUACUGUGUCAUGGAACUGUGACCAACUCACUGCUAAGCCUUCUAUUUUUUCCGUUGGUAGGAUUGUUAUAGUUCAGCCUAAAAAUCCAUAAUGAUGCCAAGAAGAGCAGUUUAUUAUUUAAUUUGCACAAUCACAGGUGUGUUCCUAUUAACAGCUUCGUACUGACACUUGUUAGUGCUACUGUAGCACAAACCAGAUCAGAGCUAUUUCAGUUGAAAUGGGGACUGACAAAAAAAGGAAGAAAAAUGCAUAGUUAGAAUUUUCAGCUGGAUCAGUUCUCUGAUGCAGCCAACUAGUCUUUCACAAAUGGCAGUGCCAGCACAAGGCUUGAGCUGGGAAUGAAUGUGAACUGUAUUACAGGUUUCUGCUGGAUUAAAGCGAUUCUGUAAGUGUGAUUGGAUUUUUGAGCUGCUGCAAUAGUUUGCUCUGGGUCUAAUCACUAAUGGGAGCAUUCCUUGUGAUGGAUGGAUAUUCUCUUCUGAUCACUUGAACUCCUGCUGGGUGGCUGCCUUAUGUUCCCAUGUCCUGCACUGCCUGUCCAGUGGGGUGUGCAUACAGAUCCCUCUUACAGUCAGUUUGUUUUGUAAGGUUCACAACUACCAGCUGCUGCUAUGCAGAUGCCCUUUUUACUCCUGCAGUUAGGAACAGUAGAAGAAUAGAGUCAUGGAAUCACCAAGGUUGGAAAAGAGCUCCAAGACCAUCCAGACCAACCGUCCACCUACCAGCAACGUUUCCCCACUAAACCGUGUCCCUCAGUACUACACUGGGACAUUUCUUGAACAGCUCCAGGGAUGGAAUAGUUCUUUUUUGAAGACUUUCACCAAGCGAUCUUUGGUUUUGCUACAUUUUUCCUUGCUAUUUCUGAAAUUUAAAGAAGUUUGUUGUGCCCUGCUUUUUGUUAGCACUCAAGAAAAACUGUAUAGUAUUCAUAUAUGACAUUUUAGUAACACUUUUUCUAAAUCAGAUUGGCAAAGCAAGCUCCUUUUGGUGCUGUGCAUUUAAAACACCACUCUUCGGUGAGUUAUGAGCGUGAGUUUUUUGACAGAAACGUGAGGUCCUCCUAUUUGAAAUUUAUGCAGAUAGAAAACAAUCUGGGUAUGUUCUGCUCCCCAGUGGUCACAGUACUGAGCUGUCCUUUUGAAUGGUGCUUGUACUUCUGUUUUUACUUUGCAUUCUGCAGGUGUGCAGAAACUUAAGUGAUGUAGAUUGUUUAAGUAAUUGGAUUGUUUUGGAUUGGAUUGUUUGUUCAGUUUUACUGGGAAACAGUAGAGAGGAAAAAAGUGGUUGAUAUCUGUUGUGAAGCUUUUUUGUCUUCUCGGUACCUUCAUCCCUAAAUUCACUGUAAGAGCUUGGGAAAAUGAGAAAAAAUGAUUAUUUCAUGAGCUUACCAAUACUUUUUCUUAAGUUUGUAAGUUGUUGAGCACACCAAACAGACGAUUCCUUGUAGGAAUGGAUUAGGGACAUUUACAUCUAAAUGCUGAGAGCAUACUAAUAAACCCAUCCCGUUUGUAUUCUACAAGAAAGAAGGCGGCUGAAUGCAGGAAAAUGCUUCAGAUUUCAGUUGCUUAUUAAUGAAACUGUUCUUUUUGAGAACUUUUACUCAAACUUAAGUUAAUUAUUAGCCAGUCAUUUUGGAACAAUUUUAGACUUGCCUCUUAGUAAAUACAAGUGAACUUAUUAAUGCUUGUCUUUAAUUGGUAAAUGACAGCUUGAAAUAACUUCUUUACUAUUGUGAUCAUCUUAGACUCAACUUUCACACAAGCUGCUUUUAUGUUUCCUUAAUUGGGUGUAAUUGCUGUCGACCAGUUAUCGACCAGGGACUACUAGAACAAACUUAGGCCCAGGGGUGGGUGAGCAAAGGGUGCUGUUGCCCUGCAGCCAUGAUGUGCUGGUGAUCAGUGAGCUCUGUCAGUCUUGCCUCUGCUGUCUCCUAUCCCCACGCAUGCUUGUUCUUGAGUUCUUGUUGGGUUGUAAUGGGUUGUGUAUUAUGGUUGAUUAGGUACAAUGUAUACAGUGAAUUCACAUCUAAAAUAUGGAAAGGUCAAAUGAGGUGUGCUUCUGGGAAGCUUAGCAGAAUUUUUCUGAAGUCGAUGAGUUUCUGAAGCUGUAUUUUCCAGGAAAGGUGUUUGUUGGAUAAAUCUUUCAGUCUCUCCUGUUAUUUUUGUGAUUCACGCAUUCAGUGUAGAAAUAUCCUUAUUAAUCGUUAUUAGGUUUUAUACUCAAGGGUGGCAGCCUGUAAUUUUCCUUCUGGUUUCCUGUCAGAGUUUAAACAAACUGCUCUUGUCUCCCGAGAUCAUUCUUUGACUGCUGGAGUCACAUGGAGCAUUGACUGCUGUUCCGUGUCUGGAACAGCUUGUGACUGUUUACUGGAAAAAAGCAACAGCUACAUUGUAAAAAUGUGCAGUGUAAUAUCUCUGAAUAGCUCUGUUGUUGACGCACAUGAAAGUCACCUACUGAACUACAGACACAAGAAGGUUUCGUUGUGCAGGACCUACGCGUUACUACUUAUGUUUAGCAACUUUCUUAAAUCUGUGUUGUGUUUGGAAGGCUUGCACCUUGUCUUAUUGCUCAUUGCAGACAUCCAAAUGAGGGAUGAGCGGUGGGUCAACGUACAAUUCCAAACCUGCUAUUGAAAAAGUCUUGCUGAGGCUUCUGAAAACUGCAUCUACUUUGUGUUUGUGUGGCAAACUUUCUCGUGCUUCAGUGUAAAUGUUUCAAUCCUUCAGUUGAAAUCAGUAUGCAUACGCUGUCUCUUGUAAUACUCACGGUUCCAAACGGGUAGUUCUGCUUUAGGCACCUAAACUUGAGUGCAGAACAGAAGAUCCAAGUGAGGCCAAAAAAUCCAGAAUGUAUUUGAGUUGGAAGAAAUGAGAAUAAAUGAAGCUGCACUAAAACAGGAUUGAUAUUACCACAUUGUAGGGUAGCUACGCAAUUAUGAGGAACAGAGGAAGGAAGUGAGAAGAACCAGCUUUGCUGAAGAAAAUGAUGUAUCAGGCAUAUUUUAAACUGUAAUUGAUCCAAAUUGAAGAGAUUUGCAAAGGCAUGAAGUACUAAAAUAGCUUGGUAAUAGUAAUUUGUGCUUUGAGCAAGAGCAUGUGCUAGUAAGAGAAUACUCCUAUCUGUUAUCAAGUGGAAAACAUUACAUGGAAAAUACCUAUCUUGGACAUUCUCUUUUUGUGUGGGGUGUUUUUUUUUUUGUUUUUUUUUUUUUUUGCUCUCCAUAUGUUUUAAUUAGAAAUGCAAUGGUAUACCAGUGUAUUGAGCGAGGGGGAAGAAGGGUAAAUAUUUAGGUUUGGAAGAACUGACUUGAGCAGGGAAGAAGCCUGGCAGGCAGAGAAGUCAGCACUGAGUAGUUGAAGGUUAACACCAACAGUGAGAAGGAAUUGCUUAAAUACACAGUUUGUGCUUUUGCAGUUACUUAAGCAAAUAGCUUGUUAGGAAAAAAUGCAGGAUAUUAGGAGGCUUCAGGCCAGACUCUGCUAGAAGUAUGGUAAUAUUUUAAUUUCAGUGCUUAGAAAUAGGCUGCUUCAUUUUUACGUACCUUGUUUUAAGGCAUUGUUUUCAACUGCUAUUGACUCUUUCUUGAAAUUUGGAGGCAUAUUUAACCAUAUUUGAGAAAAUAUUUUGAAGGUCCAGCAUGUCAGCCUGUCCUUAGAGCAUCUUCCCAACCCUUCCUACUUCUGUCAUAAAGGAGACUGUGCCCCUGUAUAGUAACUGUAGGUCUGUGAGGCUUGUCCCCUUACGUCUCCUGACUGGAAGGACGUGACAGCCCUUCAGAAUGGGAAUCGUAAUUCUGCCAGCUCAGGAUCACGGUCAGUGCAAGAAACUUGUGUGUGACAACUGAACUAAAGGAGGGACUCCAUUUGCUGCUGCUCUCAGUGACCUUCAGGCUGAUGCCUAAUCAUAUUAGGGGCAAGAGAGUGAGUUACGGCCCUGUGGCUAAAUGGCUGUAUGGGAACUGUUGAAUCACAGCCUGAACCACUGAUUGAUCACCUGAGGCAAGGACUGGGUCAGCCAUGGGAGCACAGGUGAAGGCAAUUCACUCUCCUAGACCCCAUUUAAGGGCUGAGAAACACUGGGGAAGGAUCUCUUUCUGGAGAUCCCUCCUUUGUGGAGCUUUUCAUUGCGAGCCUAAAUCUUCAGAUACAGGUGAAAUUGUGGUAAAUGAAGUCAAUUUUGUGAGAAAAUGCAUCGCAACAGAUACAAGUCAGUAUGACCUGUGGGGCAAACUGGUUUGCACUAACUUCAAGAUUUCCUUUAUUACGGAUGACCCAAUGCCACUACAGAAAUUCCAUUACAAAAACCUUCUUCUUGGUGAACAUGAUGUUCCUCUGACAUGCAUUGAGCAGAUUGUCACAGUGAAUGAUACCAAGAGGAAACAGAAAGUCCUUGGUCCCAACCAGAAACUUAAAUUUAAUCCAACUGAAUUAAUCAUUUAUUGCAAAGACUUCCGUAUUGUCAGAUUUCGUUUUGAUGAAGCAGGUCCUGAAAGCGCAAAAAAGGUGUGCCUUGCAAUAGCUCAUUAUUCUCAGCCAACGGAUCUUCAGCUUCUCUUUGCAUUCGAGUAUGUUGGGGAAAUAUAUCAUAAUCCAGCAAAGAAGGUGAAUGGAGUAGACCCAGGAGGCGGAGGCAGUGGCGGCAUCAGUAGUACCAGUGGUCAGCAGACACCUUUGUUUGAAACUUACUCUGAUUGGGAUAGAGAAAUCAAAAGGACGGGUGCAUCGGAGUGGAGAGUUUGUUCAGUCAAUGAAGGUUAUAUGAUAUCUACUUGCCUUCCAGAAUAUUUUGUGGUCCCUUCUUCCUUAGCAGAUCAAGACCUUAAGCUCUACUCCCACUCUUUUAUUGGGAGACGAAUGCCAUUAUGGUCCUGGAAUCAUCCCAACGGGAGUGCCCUUGUAAGAAUGGCCAACAUUAAGGAUGUGCUGCAACAAAGAAGAAUCGAUCAAAGGAUUUGUAAUGCAAUAACUCGAAGCCAUCCCCUGAGAAGUGACGUUUACAAAUCUGAUCUGGACAAGUGUCUCCCCAACAUCCAGGAAAUCCAGGCUGCGCACAUCAAACUCAAGCAGCUGUGUGUUAAUGAGCCCUUCGAAGAAACAGAAGAGAAGUGGCUGUCCUCACUGGAAAAUACUCGCUGGUUAGAGUAUAUCAGAUCAUUUCUUAAGCAUUCUGCUGAGCUUGUAUAUAUGAUGGAGUGUAAGCAUGUUUCUGUAGUUCUACAAGAGGAAGAGGGACGGGACCUGAGCUGUCUUGCUGCUUCUCUAGUUCAAGUCAUGCUGGAUCCCUAUUUUCGAACGAUUGUUGGAUUUCAAAGCUUGAUACAGAAGGAAUGGGUCAUGGCAGGAUAUCAGUUUUUAGAUAGGUGUAACCACUUAAAGAGAUCUGACAAAGAGUCUCCUUUGUUCUUGAUGUUUCUCGACUGUGUUUGGCAGCUGCUAGAACAGUACCCAGCAGCCUUUGAGUUUUCUGAAGUGUACUUGAUGAUACUGUACGACAGUGCGCGUAUCUCUUUGUUUGGCACUUUCCUUUUCAACUGUCCGCAUCAACGAGUAAAGGAAAGCACUGAAUUCGCUAUAAGCAAAAAUAUUCAGCUGGGUGAUGAGAAAGGCCUCAGAUUUCCUUGUGUUUGGGACUGGUCUCUUCAGUUUACAAGCAGGGAUCGCCUGCUGUUUCACAACCCUUUGUAUAUCGGGAAAAGCGCACCGUGUGUACAGAAUGGAGCAGUGAAAUCUUUCAAGCGCUCAAAGAAAAACUACAGCUCGACGUUGCGAGGUGUCCCCCCAGCAUUAAAAAACGGAAUCAUCAGUGAGCAGGAGUUCCUUCCAAGAAGAAACUCUCUGAUACUGAAGCUGAAACCAGACUUCUUACAGCAAACAGAGAGUCAGAGUAACAGUAUGGAACAGUACUUCAGAGACUGGUUUGCAAAGCCUGUUGAUUUGCACGGCGUAAUUCUGCCCCAUCUCUCUGGAACACAGAUAAAACUCUGGAAACUGUGCUACUUCCGCUGGGUUCCCGAGGCCCAGAUUAAUCACGGUGGCUUCAUCGCUGCUUUCCAUAAAGUUUCUUUGCUGGCAGAUGAAGUAGACAUGUUAAACCGGAACCUUCGACAGUGCAAAAGCAACUCUCCUUUGCAAGGUAGCUGCUCAGAACUGGAUCAAGGCAGGAUGUACUUCAGAGCAAAUGGUUUAAAUGACACCUCUGGGGCCCCAGACUUUCUCUCCUCCUCGUUCCCGUUUUCACCUGUAGGGAACCUAUGCAGACGAAGCAUUCUGGGAACGCCUUUAAGCAAGUUCUUAAGUGGUGCCAAAAUCUGGCUAUCCACUGAGACGCUUGCGAAUGAAGACUAAGAUGAUGUGAUGGCCUACAGGUCUGGGGAGGAUAUAGCAUAUCAUUUUGUCUUUUCUAAUUUAACACUGCUAAAGGCAGCCUUGAAAGCUGUAAUAAUUUUUAUAUACAAACAUUACGUAAGUUUUGCACAAAUAUUUAAAAGCAAAGCGAGUCAGGCUUCAAAUCGCACAAUUUUGUCUUCAGUGGUUCUCAUCCACAUGUCUGGUUUCUGGUCCCUAGUUCUUUCCAUGUAUGAGAUGGAGCAUUUCUAAUGAAUGCCGAUGCUAAUUGAAAGGUUUGGUGUGGUCGUUAAUGAGGGUUGUUUGAUAUACCUAUUUUCCCAGAUAGUGAAUGAAGUGAACGCAAACUAACAACUGAACUCUGAGCACAAACUUUUCUCUCAGACUUCCUUUUCAGACAGAAAACAUAUGUGCAUACAUAGAUACCGAUGUCCUGUGCCUGGAUCACCCUACAUAUGUGUUAAUGUAGUGUGCAUCCUUGGAGGAGGUGUUCCUUUUUCUUUCUCCCCAGAAUGCAUCCAUUAGCAAUCAGAUUUGUGCUCUGUAACGAGCUUGCCUUUAGGCUAUAGGAAUCAACUUCAGGAUAAUGCACUGUUAACCUUAAACCAUUUACUGUACAUAGAUAAUGUAGUAGCUUUAGAAGUGCCUUUAAUCAGGAGGAAACAGUAGCAGGGUUUACUCUAAUGCAGCUACCUACCCCUCCCCCUUUUUUUACAGCAGAUUGUUAAGGUAAGUUCUGGCUUCCAUCCUCUGCCUUCCCCCUUCCUUUUGUGGAAAUAAGAGAAGGCUAUAGCUCAGGAGACGGUAGGUUUUUCCUCUCAAAGGUUAAGCUCCUGAGAGCCUCUCCUUUUUUUUGAUUUAAGCACCUCAGAUAUUCAGCACUAUAUGUACAGAUCCCCCUCACACCCAGUUCCGGGCUGCAGCACACUUCAGCCCUAACAGGUUCCAGAACAGAGGCUGGGCUGUGAGAGGACACAUCUGUGAGGGGUGCUGGUGAGAGUUCUCGUGAGCAGGGCUGGGAGAAGAGUGAUCAGCAGUGCCUUCUUUUUUACCUACUAGCAACCCACAUGGACAGUGCAGUGGACAAGCACAGCUUGAGGGAGUUAAAUCCAACAGCCUCCCUCUGCAUCUUCCUUGCUGCUCUUAAACCUUUUCCUUGUCACUCUCUGCUGGAUGCUGCAUGAGACAAACAAGAGAGGGUCAAGUAUAUGUGGGGGGGAGGGCAGUAAAGCGCAUCAUUCUCCAAAGUGAAGGCUGGGGUGGAGAACAAGAGAAUACUUCUGUAGAGUACUUUCUCUUAACAGUAAGUCUGUUAUAAUACCUGAUUCCUGUGUAAAAUGCAAAAGCUAUUAAAGCAGUGCUGAGCCUCUCUUCAGGCACUGACUGACCAGGUAAGGCUCUGAAGGCCUUGUAUCAAGCUGUUCCCAGGUAAUAGGAAAAAAUUUUUAGAUCAUAUGCAGUGUAUGGAGGGUUAAAAAAAGGGGGGGAGGGAAGCAGGGAGAUUUGGAGUUGUUCCUUUCUGUGUAAAACCAAACUGGUCUUCAGUACAGCCUAAAUCAAAGUAACGAGGGUUUUGGAUGUCUAUGAUGGCUCAAGUAUUUAUUUAACAGAGUAUGCAUUUGAAGUGGCCUUAAAGGUGCCAGCAUCGUGCUAGCUAAGCCUGCUGCACACAGGACCCAGUUUUCACCAGGCUGAAAUGACCUGCAAAGCUGUUGAGGAGCUGUGGGCACGCUGUGUUCUCACACUGCUUGGUUUGGCAGGGAUAAGUGGGCAGUUUCAUUUUAAAGGUGAGUUGAUGUGUGGGAGGAAAAGGAAGAAAAAACUUCCUUUUUUAACUAACCUGCACUCCCCCCCAUCCCCCCCCCCCCCUCCACCCCCAAAUUUUCUUAUUUAUGCAAAGUAAAAAGGAAAAGGGGGGGGGAGGGGGGCACGUGGGAGCUUAUGACAUAAUGUCAGAUUGCUUCUGGUCAGCCCCCUUUGAGGAAAAAAAUGUGUAUUCACCUCAGUUGCCUAAUUAUGCUGCAAGACGGUCUGAGCAUGUUCCAUGGUCCACAAACAAAACCAAUUGUGUUUAUUUGCAAGCUUGCUGGAGCAGUCAGGCAACUGAUUCAAUUCAAUGAUUGUAUUAGUUGGCUUUUGUAAUUUUUUUUAAACUAGCUUACUGUUGUCCCUGGCUGAUACUUGAUGUGAAGACCUCAGCCUGUGUGCUUGGGGUAUUUUGGUACCAGUUUUUUCCUUUAUUUUUAUGUCUUAAAUUACAAUUAAAACUAUGGUGUUUUUUUUUCCUUAAAGGUGUAACUUUUUUGGCUUAAAGGAACCAAAAAUAUGUUUAAAAAAAUAUAUUAAUCCAAACAGGCAUCUGAUGGAAUGUAAAACAGUGUUUGGGCCCAUAGCUGUUGGGGAAAAAUGGGUACUAUAUUUAAACAAACGAGGCUGACUGUAGUGAGACUUGAGAAAUUUUUACCUUUCAGUUCUACAAUGUGUGUAGAUGGUCUUUGUAUUUAUAUAUAUAUAUAUAUAUAUAUAUAUGGAUACAUAUGUAUAUGUAUAGCUAUAUAUAUAUAUAUAUAUAUAUAUAUAUAUAUAUAAUGUAUGUAUACGUAUGUAUAUGUAUAGCUAUAUAUAUGUAUGUAUGUAUAUGUAUAUAUAGCAUAUGACUAUACAGAUAUAGCAUGGGGGGGAUGUUAAGAAAUAAUAUGCCGAUUUGCCAAACAGACUUAAUAAGCGAUUUUACAAAGUUUGGAAAGGAGAGUUAGGCAGGCAGAGGCUGAGAUGGAGACGAGCACAGGGAGAAGCGAUAGGGACAUCCCCAGUUCACAUGUAAGGGACACACAGAGGAGGGAAGCCUGUCUGCUGCCUUGUGUUUGCCUGGGCCUGGCUGACUCACAGACUGAGGGCACCUGUGACUUGUUUCUUCCCUUUGGGUAAGUUCAACAGCUUGUUUAUUUUUCUUUAAAUUCACUUUUGAAAUGCAGGUACUAAAAGCUAAUUUCAAAAUAUUCUCCACUCUACACAGCUGCCUUAUCAGUAGGGACUGCUCUGAACAUCUCUGAGAGCUUUCAAAAGCAGUUUUGGUGUGCAAGUACUUAACUUCUGUGUACAAAAUAUUGACAUACAAGUGUAUAUAUGUAUGUGUGUGUGUGUGUGUGUGUGUGUGUAUGUACACAUUCUCCAAUGAUUAUUUCUGUUCACCAUUUUAAAACAAGAAACUGUUAAUGCCAUUGGGUUGUUGCAAGAGUAGAAAAGCAACCGAGAAGCUCAUAUUCUUGUCUGUUUAAAAGAAAAGUGCACUAUUUUGGCUGUUACCAGCUGUUAUAAUCAUUAUUUUUUGUAACUACACUGAAAAUCAUGCAGGGGGUUAAACACAAAUUGCUGGUUGAUAAGGUUAAAGUGUACCUCUGGUGUCACUGAUUACUGCUAGGUAGAGGUCACUGUGGUAGGACAACCUCAUUCUCCCUUUACUGUCAUGUAUCAAAGAAAGUCCUUUCAUUCCCGAAAUACAUUGAAAAGUGUCUGUGUGUAUAUGUAAACCCAGGCCUGCACAUAUGAUGUGCACCUACUGGCAAUACCACUUUGCUAUUAACUGCCUUGUGCUUGGAAUGAAGAUGUAGCAAGUGGGUCAAAGGUUUUGGCUUAGACUCAGAUGGAAAGAAAGAUUAAAACCAAAAAUUUCUAACAUUUGCAGCAAAGGAUGAUAUCUAAAAAUUUGCCUCCAGCGGAAGAGACAGAAAUCUGUACCUCAAAUUGCUCUAGGCAGUAGGGUUCUUUCUAAUGCUGUUGCUGUGAUGGUGUAGAGUUUGCUAUUUCAACUGAAACUAAAACCUUUGUGCCUGAUAAUGAUUUAUUGAGUAAAGUAGCUGUGUCAGGAAGAUUAUAAAAUCCUGAUGCUGAAUUGUGAAUGUGAAGUAAAUUAGACUAAAUAAAAGUUCGUACCUUUCCAGAGUGAA